AUGUCGUUCCGGAAGCGCAAUGUAGGCCUCUCAGGCUCAACACGGUCGGAUGCCUCUCCGCAAGUCCUCAGCAAAGCCCUGGUUCAACUGCCCGGAGUACGGCCUUCACCUGUUGAUGGACGGUUAACGACGUCGACCGGCACCGCCAGCCUCGAUGCACUGUUAGCAGGACAUUCCGGACUUGCUCUCGGGUGCUCAAUGUUGAUUGAGGAAAGCGGCACGACGGACUAUGCCGGCGCGCUGUUGAGAUUCUAUGCUGCUGAAGGUCUACUGCAGGGUCACCAUGUUCACGUCGUUGCGUUACCAGAGCACUGGGGUCGAGAAUUGCCGGGCGUGGUGGGCGAGAGCGAAAUGAGAGAGACACCGGCGGAGACCGAGAAGAUGAAGAUCGCAUGGAGAUACGAAAGCUUGGGCCAAUUUGGGGCAAACCCGUCAUCAAGAGAACGAUCGCAGGCCCCGGGAAGCCCACAGGGCGGGACAACCGGGCAGGGAGCAUCCGUUACAUUCUGCCAUACCUUCGAUCUUACCAAGAGGCUUAUCCACCCAGCUUCGGCCAAAUUGGCCUUCAUUCCAUUAGGUGCCAACCCGACACAGUCACCGUUGACGGCCGUCCUCGCACAGCUGAAAGCGUCUGUUUCAAGCUCGGCGCCGAAUACAGUCCACCGCAUCGUCAUUCCUUCGAUGCUAUCUCCAGCCAUUUAUCCCCCAUGGUCAAGUCAACCACAGUACAUCCUCCAAUUCAUGCAUGGCAUCCGUGCCCUGUUCGCCGCAUUUCCAGACCGCCUGACCAUGAUGAUGUCACUCCCACUAUCACUGUAUCCUAGGUCUUCUGGACUCGUCAGAUGGAUGGAACUCCUGCACGAUGGCAUUCUUGAGCUUGCCCCGUUUCCCCACUCCGCCGAGGGUGAUAGCAACGCCACUCGUGGUCCCUCCGGCACAUCAGAAGAGCCGCCGCAAGGACUGCUGCAAGUUCAUCGUCUGCCAAUGCUGCACGACCGUGGCAGUGGGGUUGGCACGUCUGAGAAUGACUGGACCUUCACUCUCAGCCGGAGAAAGUUCACCAUCAAGCCAUUCAACCUGCCCCCCAUCGAAGGUGACACAGAUGCUCAACAGAGAGCAGACUCGGACAAAUCAACGAAGAAAUCUGACGUGGAAUUUUGA